AUGGCUGUGAAGCGCAGUCUUCCAAUAUCGCAGGACAUCACGCAGUCCGUCGAGGAACAUAACGCAGUCUCGGGUGCUGGGCACAAGCAGGAGGAGUCAGAGCAAGAACACGAUUCAGAUUCUGACAACUCUGUGUUGGACACCGAUGACCCCUAUGACAGUGAUGGCGCAGAGGAUACCGAGUCUGACGACGAGGACUCCAAUAACACUACCAACCAGGGCGGCCAGAGUCAGCAAUUUACUCAAGCCGGCGAUCCCAUGGAUCUAGAUGAGGCUGAGGAAGACCACGAGAUAGUUCGAAAGCACAAGGCUCUGUGCUACGAAGACAUUGUGCUCUGGCUUGUCCAGGAUCCUAAUGGAGGGGAUAGGGACGUUUUGGCGAUGGAAGUCAUGUUCCGACACCACAAAGGAGCUAAGAAUAAGCCCAAGCCGUAUGGUAGCACCCUUGUUGAACAUUAUAGUGAUGCUGCUGUGCCCUUACUAACCAGGCGCUUAGCACCAUCUUUUUAUUUCGCGAAAACCCGUUGCCGAUUCUAUGUCCCGUAA